AUGGAUCCAGGACGAGCAGCAAUGAUUUCGGGCACGAAGUCGCCGACUGGGAGAGACAGAGACAUCACGGCCCCUCGACGGGACACAAACAACCGGAUAACAAAGCCGUCUUGGGAGAGGCGGCCGCCAAAUACGACGUCGACUGCAGGCACGACAACACGAAAUGCAAAGAGCGGCGGAGGCGGCGGAAACAACUAUAUGACAGAGGAGCAGCUGUCGGAGAAGUUUGUGGCCGAGGAGGACAAGUUUGUGCUGCGGCAGUCGAAGAAAAAGGCGGACAUUCGGGUGCGGGAGCGACGAGCGAAGCCGAUCGAUUUUCUGGCAUUCCACCUGCGGUUUGUAGACUCGGACCGCGACGUGUUUGACGACGAGCCGACGGAUGUGGAGACGGACGUGCCGGGGCCAGAGGCGGUGCUGGAGAGCGCGAACGCGGAGCAGCUGGCCGAGCUGGAGGCGGACAUCCGGUCGUUCCACACGUUGGAGCAGAACGGGGCGAACCGGGCGUACUGGCAGGCGAUGCUGGUGCUCUGCCGGGAGCAGCGCGAGCUGGUGGGCGGGCCGCAAGGGGGGGAGGCGCGGCUGCUGAGCACGGUGGCGGGCGACAUUGACCGGAUUCUGCGGCCGAAGGCGCUGGUGCAGCUAGAGGCGCUGGAGGCGAGCAUCCGGGCGAAGCUGCGGUCGGACGAGGCCAUCGACACGGACUACUGGGAGCAGCUGCUGCGGCGGCUGCAAGUCUGGAAGGCGCGGGCGGCCGUGAAGAAGACGGGCGCGGCGGUGCGGACAGCACGGGCGACGUUGCUGCGGGAGCGCGACCCAGCCAAGGCGGAGGCGGUGGAGAAGGGACUGCCGGUGGCCUCGGCCGGCGAGACAGUGCGGAGCGAAGAGGAGACGGUGGCAGCAGACGACGACAUGGCCGGCGGCAUCGGCGCCGGGCUGGACGACGACGAAAACGAAAACGGGACGGCCGCGCCGCCGGGAACAGCCCGGUUUGCGGCCGUCAGCGGCGAGGAUUUCUCGCAGGCAACCAAGGCGCUGUACGACCGCGAGGUGGCGCGCGGGGUGCGCGAGAACGAGGAGAUCUUUGCGGCCGAGGAGGUGGUACCGUCGGCCGGCAAGCCCAAGUGGGCGGACAAGUACCGACCGCGCAAGCCGCGAUACUUCAACCGGGUGCAGAUGGGGUACGAGUGGAACAAGUACAACCAGACGCACUACGACCACGACAACCCGCCGCCCAAGGUGGUGCAGGGCUACAAGUUCAACAUCUUCUACCCAGAGCUGAUCGACAAGACCAAGGCGCCGACGUACCACAUCAUCCGCGAGGGUGGCCGGCGGCGAGGCGAAUCGUUUGCGCCGGCCGGCGAGGAGGACACCUGCCUGAUCCGCUUCUCGGCCGGACCGCCGUACGACGACAUCGCCUUCCGCAUCGUCGACCGCGAGUGGGACUACAGCGCGAAGCGGGAGCGGGGGUUCAAGAGCAGCUUUGAAAAGGGCAUCCUGCAACUGCAUUUCCAGUUCAAAAAGAUAUGGGAUGGAGGGAAGCGAGAACUGCAUACCGAUUCUGGACUGACCACAACUCCGGCAAACGGAACGGCCAGGCAGGGUCAUAACGGCGCCGAGACGUGUGAUAGCAGGACGAAAAUCGCCAUGGAAGAGGCUUAG